CCUGGAGGCGGGCGAUCGGCGGGGCUGCGGGGAGGGGGGGAGGGAGGAGCGGCCUUGAGGUACAGGUAACUGUGCGGCUUUCUGACGCCCCUCACCCGCGCUCCCUCUGUUGUUUCACCGCGCGCACCUGUAAAAUACGGGCGCGGCGAGCGCCUCUGCCCCGCCCGCGCUCCUGCCGGGUCUCCACGUGACUCUCCAGCGUCCUGCCCCGGCCGGGCCACCUCGGGACGCCCCGUGGACCAGGGGGCUGCAGGGGUCGGGAGACCCCGGCGGGCCGAGGCUCUCCGCCGUGGGUCCGGCCGCUACUGCUGGCUGCAGACGCAGACUGGGAGCUCGAGGACGGAGGUGUCCAGUUUCCCUUGACCUUGGGGACGCGGGAAGGUCGUAUGCACCAUGGCUGUGGCUAGUGUCAGAUUGCCCACCAGUGUUUUAAGAAAGCCAGAUGCUUGGAUUGGACUCUGGGGAGCGCUACGAGGGACACCUUCACAUAAACCCUGUGCUUCCUGGAAUCGAUACCUAUAUUUUUCUAGUACCAAGUUAAAUGCAUCAGAUUAUAAAAUGCUUUUCCAUAACAUUUUCUCCCUGAGACUCCCAAGGCUUUUAAUAUCUCCGGAAUAUAUUUUCCCAUUUUCCAUAAGACUCAAAAGUAAGAUAAGCUCUAAAAAAUCCACAAAAAAGACUCUGCAAAAAGUUGAAGAUGAAGAGGUCUCUGAUGAAGAGAGUGACCAUCAUGAGAUGAGCGAGCAGGAAGAGGAGCUCGAGGACGACCCCAGUGUAGUCAAAGACUAUAAAGACCUGGAGAAGGUAGUGCAGUCUUUGCGGUAUGAUGUUAUCCUGAAGUCAGGCCUCGAUGUUGGACGAAACAAAGUGGAAGAUGCAUUCUACAAAGGUGAACUCAGGCUGAAUGGGGAAAAACUAUGGAAGAAAAGCAGGACGGUGAAAGUGGGAGAUACAUUGGACCUUCUCAUUGGAGAGGAUAAAGAAGCAGAAGCAGAGACAGUGAUGAGGAUUCUCCUGAAAAAAGUGUUUGAAGAGAAGACUGAAAGUGAGAAAUACAGAGUAGUGUUACGACGGUGGAAGAAGUUAAAGUUGCCUAAAAAGAGUACGUCUAAAUAAAUGGAUUGCCUUUUAGUGAUAAAGCUGCUUUCUCGUGGUGGGGGAAGGGGCCAGCUUAAAAAGAGGACAUUUCUAUUAAAAUAAAGUUCUCUUACCAUUGGUGGAA